AUGUCCGUCCACAACCCCAGGCCCGCGCCGCGUCAGCCCGACCCGCUGCCCUGCGCCCUCGCCGACGGCGGCAGCCCCGAGGACGCCGACCGCUUCUACGACGCCGACUCCCCCUCCGAGACGUCCUCCUCCCCUCCGCCGCUUCCUAGAUCGGGCGAGGCUCAUGGGCCCACCGCCCCUCCGCCGGCUCCCAAAUCGGACGAGGAUGACGUGGUCGACCUCUCCAGCUCCGACGACGAGGCGCCCCCCGCGGCGGUGGUCAGGAGGGCAGGCCAAGUCAAGGUGGAGAAACCGCAGGUCCCAGCUCCAGCAUUCGCGUCCUCUGCAAUCGCUGCAGAUCCUGACUAUUGGGAGGAGACCGGCAACAAGGGGAAGAAACCCGCAGCAGGACCUUACGCCGCUGCUGGCAACAACAACUUAGUCAAGAGCGUGUCAUCGUCCCUGGUGGACUACCUAGACGACGACGACGACGAGAGCGAGGAGGAGGAGGAGAAGGAGAACCGCGAGAAGGCGGCCAAGGCAACGGCAGCAGCCAAAAAGGAAGUCAAGGCGGAGAAGCCGCAGGUGCCAGCCUCACCGUUCACGGCCGCCUUCGCUGAGGACGAGAAGGAGAACCGCGGGAAGGAGGAUGUCGGCUGGGAGAAGACGGAGGACUUCAAGAUGGAGCCCACCGGGUGCGGGGUCAUGGUCAAGCCCUACAAGCUCCCGGGGGACAUCUUCAAGAUGCUCUACCCGCACCAGCGCGAGGGGCUCAAGUGGCUCUGGGUUCUGCACUGCAGGGGCACCGGAGGGAUCCUUGGGGACGACAUGGGGCUCGGCAAGACAAUGCAGAUUUCUGCCUUCUUGGCUGGAUUGUUUCAUUCUCGUUUAAUCAAGAGAGUGUUAGUGGUUGCGCCAAAGACACUUCUCACUCAUUGGUCCAAGGAACUUGCAGUUGUCGGCCUCAAACACAAGAUUAGAGACUACUCUGCUCCCAGUCCAAAAGUUCGUGACUCUGAGCUUCAGUACGCAUUCAAGGAGGGCGGUAUCUUAAUGACUACUUAUGACUAUGUCCGGAACAAUUUCAAGCUGAUAAGGGGCGACUUCUACAAUGGUAACGUGGUAGGGAAGUAUGACAAGCUGAUAAGAGGUGACUUUUAUGAUGAUGAUGAAGACGAGGAUGGAAAUCUAUGGGACUAUGUUAUUCUUGAUGAGGGACAUAUUAUCAAGAACCCGAGUACACAAAGGGCCAAGAGUUUACUUGAAAUACCUUGUGUCCACCGCAUUGUCAUAAGUGGAACACCCAUACAAAAUAAUUUGAAGGAAAUGUGGGCGCUGUUCUAUUUCUGUUGCCCGCAAGUCUUGGGUGAUAAGGACGAGUUCAAAAGAAGAUAUGAAUCGGCUAUCAUUCGAGGAAAUGACAAGAAUGCCACCAAUCGAGAGAAGCACGUAGGCUCAACUGUAGCAAAGGAUUUAAGAGAGCGGAUAAAGCCAUACUUCUUGCGCCGCAUGAAAAGUGAAGUGUUCGUUGAUACUGGUUCGGCAGAUGAUAAAAAACUUUCAAAGAAGAAUGAGCUAAUUGUCUGGCUGAAAUUAACUGCCUGUCAGAGAAAACUGUAUGAAGCUUUUCUGAACAGUGACAUGGUUCAUUCCUCGAUGCAAGGAUCACCGUUGGCUGCAAUCACAAUACUGAAGAAAAUAUGUGACCACCCAAUGAUAUUGACUAAGAAAGGCGCUGAGGGCAUCUUGGAAGGCAUGGAUGGAAUGCUAAAUAACCAGGAUAUGGGUAUGGUAGAAAAAAUGGCCAUGAACCUUGCAGAUAUGGCUUAUGAUGAUGAAGCACUGCAAGUUGAAGAAGAAAUCUCAUGCAAGUUGUUAUUUAUCAAGUCCUUGUUGAGAAAACUUCUUGAAGAGGGACACCAUGUUCUAAUCUUUUCUCAGACUCGUAAAAUGCUAAACCUUAUUCAGGAAACUAUACUAUUGGAGGGCUACAAGUUUUUACGCAUUGAUGGUACAACCAAGGUUUCUGAAAGGGAAAGAAUUGUCAAGGAUUUCCAAGAGGGUCCUGGAGCACAAAUAUUUUUGCUGACCACACAAGUUGGUGGGCUUGGACUUACACUCACCAAGGCAGCUCGUGUUAUAGUAGUUGAUCCUGCUUGGAAUCCAAGUACGGACAAUCAAAGUGUGGAUCGUGCUUAUCGAAUAGGGCAGACCAAAGAUGUGAUUGUAUACCGCUUGAUGACAUCUGGAACAAUCGAAGAAAAGAUAUAUAAAUUGCAGGUCUUCAAGGGAGCUUUGUUUAGGACAGCCACAGAGCAGAAAGAACAAACUCGAUACUUCAGCAAGAAGGACAUUCAAGAGCUCUUUAGUUUACCAGAACAAGGGUUUGAUGUUUCCGUUACACAAAAGCAAUUGCAAGAAGAGCACGGACAGCAAUUUGUCAAGGAUGAGAAGUUGCGGGCGCACAUAGAGUUUCUAGAGCGACAAGGUAUAGCGGGUGUGAGCAAUCACAGCCUCCUAUUUUCCAAGACUGCAGUCUUACCUGCGCUGAGUGAGCAUGAUGCUCUGGACAGCAAGCCUCCAAGCAUGCCCAUGAUGGGUAGGCAGUACAAUAAGGCAUCCUCAUCUGACUACGUUGCCAAUGGGGCUGCCCAUGCUUUCAAGCCAAAGGACUUCACUCCAAGAGCAUACUCUGCAGUGAGCAGCAAAAACUCAGAGAGCCCUGAGGAGAUCAAGGCGAAAAUCAACCGACUGUCGCAGACCCUCGCCAAUGCGACACUGGUGUCGAGGCUGCCUGAUCGCGGGGAUAAGCUGAAAAAGCAGAUACACGAGCUGGACGAGAAGCUGACGGUGAUCGAGUCCUCUCCCGAGUCGGCGUCAUCCAGGGGUGGACGUGAUGAAGUGAUCUGCCUGGACGAUCAGAAGUACUAUGACUUGUAGCUCAUAAGCAGUUGCUGCCGCACUAGCUAGACUGCUGUUUUGUUUUGUUGGUCGGUCCGUCACUGGUAUGUGACUGGCUCUGCUACGAUUAGGCCGUAUUGUUUUGGCCGUCGACUGUGGUGUGUAAAUAGCGAUUUACUUGGAGUACUGGUAGUUGCUACGACUACGAGUAGGUGGGGAUGUCCAGUGAAUGCUAUGUAUUCACGUCAGCAUCUUUUGGAAAUCACUUGCACCUGUUCUAGGUGCUUCCAAAUUCAGAAUUCUUCAUUGACAUCAUCAGGUAGUUCUGUUGCUUACUAUAUGUUUGGACCUGGCUGCAGGUAACCAUGGUUAUUUAUUCUAGGCUUACCUGUGCUGGAGAUGUAAGGGAAUUUAGUGUUCAUCCAAUACUCUACAAUACUUCAAAAAAAUGCACUAAUAUUUUGA